CUAACAUUCAGACUCCUGCCGGCUGGGGCUCGACUAUGAGCAGAAACCUUGGAAGCUCGCCAAGUUCACUCUCCUUGCCUAACUCCCAGAGAGAAUCUGGAGGUGUUUCCUGAAACCAAACUAGACCUCUGUGGCCCCAAAGCAGGGGGGUCUUUGCUGUCUUCUUCCUAUAUGGGGGUAGAGGGUGGGUACGCCAGAGGAUGCCGUGUAGGAAAGCAAACCUAUUGCUGGUACAAGGGCAGCCAUCUCGUUCACUUAGGGCCGGUUUAGAGCGGUUGCUACCUGCUUGGGGGCCCCACCCUGGUAUUUGCCUCUCCCCACCUUUUCCCCUGAAGCUAAAAGCUUGAGAGCUGGGAGAAGGUGGGCCUGGGAAGGCUCUGCAAAUUGUAGCUGGGAGCCUUCGGGCAAAACCUGAGCGAAAGGGAGAGGCGGCUGGCCUAAAAUUUAGGUGGGCGGGAAGAGCCUGCGAUGGAGCUCUGACAGCUGCACAGGCGAGAGACCCUGGAGUCCUCACCCCGGGGUCGGGGGCCUAACCUGCUGAGCUGGGCCGCCCCCUCUCCACACCCACUCCCAGCACCUGGCCCGACCUAUCGGCUGGCGGCUACGCCUCCUUUGCCCUACAGUCUCGCUGCCCGUCGCACCCUGCGUGAGCCCAGUACUCGGCCGCCAGCAGGAGCUGCCAGGCUGUGGAGGGCGCCCCGGAAGCUAUGGAGGUCCUGGUCCUGGCCGGAUACCGCGCGCAGAAGGAGGACGAGCUGAGUCUGGCGCCCGAAGACUUGGUCUGGCAGGAGAUCCCAAAGACCCUGCGGGGCUCCGGAGAGGCGCGGAGACCGCGCUGCGCGCGCCGCCGAAGUCAUCCUGCCAAAUUGCCGGGCCCCCAAAGAUGGUGCAAAGUGAACUUCAACUACAGCCCAGAGCAGGCGGACGAGCUGAAGCUGCAAGCUGGGGAGAUCGUAGAAAUGAUAAAGGAGAUUGAGGACGGCUGGUGGCUGGGGAAGAAGAACGGGCAGCUGGGAGCCUUCCCAUCCAACUUUGUGGAAUUGCUGGACACUGGGCCCCCAAGCCUUGAUAACCCAGACAUGCCUUCAGUCAGCCCUGAUCCCCAGCGGCCUCCCAAGCUGAGCAGCCUGACAUAUGACUGCCCUCCAGACUACCUGCAGACAGGGGCUGCUGACAGAUGCAGGAAGCUUGGCUACAGAGGACAGUGGACUGACCUCUUCCCAGUCUCCCACCCUGAGGCCUACAGAGUCCUGUUUGACUACCAGCCUGAGGCCCCAGAUGAGUUGGCUCUGCGGAGGGGCGACGUGGUGAAAGUACUAAGCAAGACCACAGGGGAUAAGGGCUGGUGGGAAGGAGAAUGUCAAGGACGAAGAGGAGUUUUUCCAGACAACUUCGUACUCCCAUCACCCCCAAUCAAGAAGCUAGUCCCACGGAAAAUGGUAUCUCAGGAAUCAGCUCCUAUUAAGGAACCAAAAAAGUUGAUGUCCAAAGCAUCCCUCCCUACAGUCAAGAAGUUAGCAGCAGCCCCCACUGGGCCCAGCAAAGCCAAGACGUCUCGGACACCCAGCAGGGACAGUCAGAAGCCCACCUCCCGAGACUCAGGCCCCAGUGGCGGCUUCCAAAGUAGAGCUUCGUGCCACACUGGCCGAAAGCGAUCCAAAACCCAGACUCCCCAGCAACGCUCUGUGUCCAGCCAGGAGGAAGAGCAGAGCAGCCCAGCAAAGGCCCCCUCUGUGAAGAGAACCCCCAUGCUGGACAAGACCACCACCCCAGAGAGGCCCCCAGCUGUGGAAAAGGCCCCCAGCUCCAAGAAGAUCCCAGCUCCUGACAGCGUCCCCUCCCCAGAGAAGACCCUCCCAGGGAACUCCACCUUGGGAAAGAUGCCGGCUCCUGACAAAGUCCCCACCUCAGAGAAGAUGGUGACUCUGGAGGAAAAGACCUCUGUCCCGGAGAACUCCAUCCCAGAGAAGACCCCAACUACAGACAAAUCCUCCAUUCCAGAAAGGCUCUUUUCCAUGGAAGAGGCUCCUGCCCCAGAAGUCCCACCUAUGAAUAAAGUCCUUGAUCCAAAGAUGGCCCCUCUGGGCAAUGAGGCCCCCACCCUAGAAAAGGUCUUGACCCCAGAGCUUUCUGAAGAGGUGUCCACCAGCAGUGACACUCAGUGCUAUCACUGCUCUCCAGAGGAAGGCCUGCAGAAGGUCAAGUCCUUUGUAGCCAGAGAGGCUCAAGCCCAGGAGAGGGUCCACAGGCCAGCAGCACCCUCACUCCAGCCUCCUUCCUCCAAGAGGUGCCUGGGCGGGAUGAAAUGCCCCCUAGUUAGAGGGGACAGCUCCCGACCCCAGGCUGAGUUGAAGUCUGGGCCAGCAUCCCGGCCUGCCCUAGAGAAGCCCCCCACCCAGGAAGAGGCUACCCCUCUUCUAGAGGGGGCACCUUCCAAAGACCAGAGGACUCCUGAAGAGGAGGUGCCCCCCAAUGAGGAGAGGCCUCUGAGAGAGGAGGUGCUCCCCAAAGAGGGAGUGGCUUCCAAAGAGGAGGUGCCCCCAAAAGAGGAAUUACCCCCAAAAGAGGUGCUCCCCAAAGAGGAAGUGGCUCCAAAAGAGGAGGUGCCCCCUAAUGAAGGAGUCUUUGCCCAAAAAACACGUCCUAUCAAGCCCCCUCCAGACUCCCAAAAGAUGCUGACACUCCCCACCCUGGUCCCACAAAACUCCUCGGAAAGCAAGAAUGAGGGAGUCGAUGUAACAAUGCUGAAGGGCGAGGUGGAGUCUCUAAGGAGGGCGCUGGAGCUGAUGAGGGUGCAGCUGGAGAAAAAGCUGACGGACCUCUGGGAGGAGCUGAAGAGCGAGAAGGAGAAGCGCCAGCGGCUGGAGGUCCAGCUGAUGCAGGGGACCCAGAAGUGCCAGACCCAGCACAUCACCCACGCACAGACGCAGACCUCCUGAGGACGGGCCUGGGAAGGGGCCGCGGCCCGACCUGGCUGGGGCCACCCACGUUCUUGCACACGACUUUGGGAAACACGAGAAAGUAAAUUCUGCUUCGCACA